GUUUGAAGUUCGCACGUGAAAAGGGGAUGGUUGUACGGAGAAGCAGUCCCUACGGUCUUAUUAAUUGCGCACUGUGUCAAUUUUUGUGAAUUAUCGAUCCCACCGCUUUGGAGGGGUUUUGCGAACCGCUGCGACGGUUGAAGAAACUCUCUUUUAAGGAGGAUGGAGGCGAAGGAGCAAAAGCGGCACCAGCGCAAACAGAGCGGCCCGAAGGCCGAGAGGAAGAAGAGUCGGAAGCAACGGGCGCCGGGAGCCGAGCCGGACGAGGAUGAGCGCAGGAGGAACCCCAGGGCGUUCGCCGUGCAGUCGGCCGUCCGCAUGGCCAAGACCUUCCACCGGGCUCAGGACCUGAAGACGAAGAAGCACCACAUCCCGCUGGUGGACCGCACUCCCCUGGAGCCCCCACCGGUGGUGGUUGUGGUGGUAGGACCCCCACGGGUGGGAAAGAGCACCAUCAUCCGCUGCCUGAUCAAGAACUUCACCCGACAGAAACUAGGCGAUAUCUGUGGCCCAGUGACCAUUGUGUCUGGAAAGAAGCGGCGUCUGACCUUUAUCGAAUGCGGCAACGAUAUCAACACCAUGAUUGACUUGGCCAAAGUGGCGGACCUGGUGCUCAUGCUGAUUGACGCCAGUUUCGGGUUCGAGAUGGAAACGUUCGAGUUCCUCAACAUCCUGCAGGUGCACGGUUUCCCGCGCAUCAUGGGUGUCCUGACUCACUUGGACUCUUUCAAGAACAACAAGACGUUGCGCAAGACCAAGAAGCGCCUCAAACACCGCUUUUGGACAGAGGUGUACCAGGGCGCCAAGCUCUUCUACCUGUCUGGCAUGGUGCACGGUGAGUACCAAGCGCAGGAAGUAAAGAACCUCGGCCGCUUCAUCUCGGUCAUGAAGUUCCGGCCGCUUGUGUGGCAGACCUCACACCCCUACGUGGUCGCUGACCGCAUGGAGGACCUGACAGACCCUGAGACCCUGAGGGUGGAUCCCAAGUGUGACCGCACAGUCUCGCUGUACGGCUACCUGCGAGGGACAUACCUGAAGAAUAAGGGCCAGGUGCACAUUCCCGGUGUGGGGGAUUUUGCUGUGGCGGAUGUCAGCUUCCUGCCGGACCCCUGUCCUCUCCCCGAGGAACAGAAGAAGCGUGCGCUCAACCAGAAGGAGCGCCUGCUGUACGCACCGAUGGCCGGCGUGGGCGGGGUUGUCUACGACAAGGACGCGGUGUACAUCGACCUGGUCAGCAGCCACGUGGACCAGCCACAGGCCGAGAUGCGUCCCACAGCCGAGUUGGUCCAGUCCCUCAUCGGAACCCACGCCACGCUGGAUGCCAAGCUGGCAGCCAGCAAAGUGUCGCUGUUCAGCGGUGCGGCGGCCAUGACCCCAGGAGAGGCGGAGAACUUGGGGGAGCAACAGGCUCCCCUGGAGAAUCGUGUUUGGGACCCCGUGACCCAGAGAGAGAGGCGGAAGGCUGUGUUCAGCGAUGAUGAGGAGGAAGGCGACGGUGACGAGAGUUAUGAAGGUGAUGAGGAAGGGCAGAGCGAACAGGGGGAGCAAUUGAGUGAGGAGGAGGAGGAGGAGCAUGAAUAUAGUGGUGAAGAGGAGGAGGAGGAGUGCAGUGACGAAGAGGGACUGCAGGGUGGGGACGAGGAGGAGAAGAGCAGUGGAGCGAGAGAGAGUAAGGUGGGAGAAGCAAGAAGAGGGCAGGAUGAGGAGGAAAAAGCCCCCCGUGUCAAGAGGCAGCGACUGGAGAGGGUGGAGGCAAAGCCACCUGUGGAAAUGCCCGCCUUCGCUGACAGUGAGGACGAUCUGGAGAUGAGCGGUGAUGAUGGUGAGCAGAGCGAGGAAGAUGAGAGGGAGGGAGCAGAGGGUGGGACAGCUGACUCAGGUCACUGUUCAGAGGAAGAGGUGGAUGAUGAUGAUGAAGAUGAGGCAGAGGAUGACAAUGAAGAGAAGCAGGAUGGGAAGGAGGAGGAGGAUGAUGAAGAAGAUGAUGAUUAUGAUGAUGAUGAAGACUCAGACAUGGAAACUGAGGUCACUGCUCCUGUGAACAUCAGUAAGCCAGUUAAAGCCAAGGUGUCAGUGCUGUCAGAAGAGGCGGAAGAGGAUGACGGUGACGCGGGAGAGCUGGGCAACGAGUCGACAGGUGCUCUCAGGUGGAAAGAAGGUCUGGCACAGAAAGCCUCCGAAGCGUUUCUACGACAACAGCAAGCAGCUCCAAACCUGCGAAAGCUGGUCUAUGGUUCAGUGAUAGAGGAACAGAACUCCCCCAGCGAUGAGGACGCGGAUGAAAUUGGGGGGCUCUUCCGAGUGAGCCGUCCCGAGAAGAGCAGGAGCCGCCGGGUGGACGCCAUGGACUGCUCUCGCUUCGUGCCAGACAGUCCCCACGACUGGGAUCAAGAGGAGGUGCUGAAUUCCAUCAGAGACUGCUUCGUAACCGGCAAGUGGGAGGAGAGCAAAGAUGCAGCGACUCUUCUGAAGGAGGACGAGGAGCUCUAUGGAGACUUUGAAGAUCUGGAGACUGGAGAGGUGCAUCAUGGGAAGCCUGCCAAGGAAGAGGACUCUGCUGAGGAGAGCGGUGAGGAGGAGGAAGAGGUUAUGGUGAAAGAAGAUGCAGAGGAGGAACAGAAGAAGAAACGUCUGGAGAAGAAGAGGCGCCUGAAGGAGCGUUUCGACUCAGAGUAUGACGACGGUGAUGCCACGUAUUUCGACGACCUCAAGGAGGAGAUGCAGAAGCAGGCAGAGCUGAACCGGGCUGAAUUUGAGAACAUCGAUGACGAAGCACGUGUUCAGUAUGAGGGCUUCCGCCCCGGCAUGUAUAUACGUAUGGAGAUACCUGGGCUGCCCUGCGAGUUCGUCAACAAUUUUGACCCCCACUAUCCAAUCAUCCUCGGUGGACUAGGAGCAAGCGAAGGCAAUGUGGGCUACCUGCAGAUGAGGCUGAAGAAGCAUCGCUGGCACCAGCGCAUCCUGAAGACCCGCGACCCAUUGAUCCUGUCACUGGGCUGGCGCCGCUUCCAGAGCAUCCCACUGUACCACAUAGAGGACCACAACGGUCGCCAUAGGCUGCUCAAGUACACACCCCAGCACAUGCACUGUGGCGCCACCAUCUGGGGUCCCAUCACGCCACAGGGGACUGGAUUCCUGGCCGUUCAGUCCGUCUCUGGAACUCAGGCUGGCUUCCGCAUCGCUGCCACUGGGGUCAUUCUGGAUCUGGACAAAUCAGUGACCAUUGUGAAGAAGCUGAAGCUGAUUGGAUAUCCGUAUAAGAUAUUUAAGAACACAGCUUUCAUCAAGGGGAUGUUCAACACCAUGUUGGAGGUGGCCAAAUUUGAGGGGGCGUCUGUGCGGACGGUCAGCGGGAUCAGAGGUCAGAUUAAGAAAGCCCUGCGCACCCCCUCAGGGGCUUAUAGGGCCACCUUUGAGGACCGCAUACUGAUGAGCGACAUCGUGUUACUGCGCUCCUGGUGUCCAGUCUCCGUGCCCCAGCUUUACAACCCCGUGACGUCUCUGCUGCAGCCUGUGGGACAGAAAGACAGCUGGAGUGGCAUGAGGACAUUGGGGCAGCUCAAGCGGGACCUUGGCCUGCGCAACAAACCCAAUCAGGACUCGCUGUACAAGCCGGUGGUGAGAACCAAGCGCCACUUCAACCCGCUGCACAUCCCCAAGCAGCUGCAGAAGGCACUGCCCUUCAAGAGCAAACCCAAGCAGGACCAGAAGAAGGGCAAAACCCCCCGGCACCUCCAGAGGCCAGCAGUCAUCAGGGAGCCCCAUGAGCGCAAGGUGGCAGCCUUGCUCACAGCCCUCUCCACAGUCCACAACUACAAGACUAAGAAGGCCAAAGCCGAGCAGCACGCAAAGCACAAGGAGUUCCUGAAGCAGAAGGAGCGCGAGGAGAUGGAGAAGCUGAAAAGGCAGAAGGAGGCCCGCAAGAAGAUGUACCGUAUCAUGGGCCAGAAGGAGAAGAAGCGCGAGCGCUCCAGCCUUAAGGGGUCAUCAAAGGAUGACUGAGAGCUCAUCCAGAUGAAUGGUACCACACUCUGCUGGUGGAGCAUUCCUGCAGACAGACUCUAUCACCCUCCCCUGGACAGCAUUGUUUGUACUGUUGAACUACUCAGGAGAGGCGCAACCCACCAGGCAGUUGUGAAUUGAAGGUUUCAGGUUGAUCUGUUGGAGAUUUCAAUGUUUGGCUUCCACACUCCUUUACUGUGUGAUGAAAGCCUCCACAAACAACUGCAGGCUGGGGACAGCACUCUCACAGUUGGGUGUUGCUGUGUCAGGUGGGGCUAUCGGCCACCUGUGAGUUCCAUCGUAUAGUCUGUUUUUAUUUUUCCUUAUAAAAAGGAGUGUAAAUUAUUCAGCAGAUAUAAAUCCUUGCUGCAGACUGACGCCAGUUUCCAUUCGGUCCUAUAAACAAGUUCAUUCACAAGUUUAUUUUGGUUCAUGCUCAUGAUUUCCUCACUUGCCUUGUCGAAGGCGGUCGUCACAGUUCAACAGCAGCAGUCAGUACUUCCAGUCUGUGUGUGUGCAAGUGAGUACGUUGUUGUGUUUGCACAGAGCAGAUGAAACCGCCAGUGGAGCAGGAAGUUUGCAGCAGAUGAGGGUGAAAUCUUUCUGGGAUUCUUAUGCCAGCUGAAAAAGUUUGUCUCCAUGUGAUAUAUAACCAUCGUGAUAUUGUAGCCGAUGUUCUCAAGAUCAAAUAGUCUCACGAGACUGCUACAAUAAACUAGGGCAUGUUUCUUAUCAAAACUCUGCAGUCACUUUGAGAGGAAAACAGGAAAUGGAGACAACUGCUGCAUUCAUUGACUGAGGCUGCCAGGAUGCUGAGGUGCCUCUGGUGCGUGAGCCAUUAUUAGGAAAUAUGAUCUGUUCAAAAUCUCAGUUGACGUAUCAAAUGGGUACCCCAGAAAAAAUGUGUCUUA